AUGAAUCCUUUCUUCACUUAUUUGAUCGUUGCCUUGUUUCUGUAUGGAUGGCACAUCUGUAUCGUGGGAGCUAACCGCCCUGCUGCUCCUGUCAACAUCUCUGUCACCCACCUGAGGGCUGACUCAGCCACUGUGUCCUGGAACAUUCCAGAGGGAGAAGUUGUAAUUGGCUACGCCAUCUCACAGCAGAGACAGGAUGGUCUGAUGCAGCGCUUCAUCAGGGAGGUGAACACAACCAGUCGUGCUUGUGUGCUUUGGGACCUUGAUGAAGACACAGAUUAUAUAAUCCAGGUUCAGUCCAUUGGGCUGCACGGGGAAAGCCAAGCCAGCAAGAGGGUUCAUUUUAGAACUCUUGAGAAAUCUGACCACUUUCAGCCUAACAUGGGAGACCAAGAUGAUCCAGCAGUGGAGGGUUUGGAAUUAUCCAGAAAUCUCCAGACUGGAGAGAUGAUCAUUAUCAUGGCAGUGCUUUUAAUGUGGGCAGCUGUGAUUGCCCUUUUCUGUCGGCAGUAUGACAUCAUUAAAGACAACGACUCAAGCAACCACAGCAAGGAGAAGACCAAACUGCCCUCAGAACAGAGUACCCCAGAGUAUCACAAUGGAGGCCUACUUGGGAGCAAGUUCCAAAGAACUACGUCUUCAAUCAGCAUCAUCAAGGUCUAA